CACGAAGAUACAAAUGCAGAGCUUAGCGACUAAAUUUCACAAUAUGCUUAUGCUACAAAGGUUCUUAUUCCUCCCCGUGAUCACCUCUUGAGAUUUAGUUCUUGGAGGCCCCCUCUUGAUUCUUCGGUGAAGAUUAACUUUGAUGCCCAUGUCUCUCAUAGGACUCAUCGAGGAUUGGGUGAGGUUGUUAGGGACAAUUUGGGUAAACUCUUGUUGGUUGGUAUUCGACAGGUAAAGGCUUUAUGAUCCCCUGAGAUUAGUGAGGCUGCUGCAGCUCUUUUUGGUUUGAAGAUUGCUAUCCGGUUCGGUUAUUGCCUUGUUCAUCUAGAAGGCGACGUUAUGAAUGUGAUUAGAGCCAUUGAUAAAAGGGUGUUCGGCCUUUCUCCCAUUCAUUUGCUUUAUGAUUGUAUUAUUUCACAUAUAUCUAGGUUGGAUGGGUUUUAUUGUAGUUUUGUUGCUCAUAAUGGCAACAUCCUUGCACAUUCUAUUGCUGGAUGAGAAACAGAAUUAACUGACAAGAAAAUCUUCAUAAAUUCUUUUUCCAAGAGCUUUUAGCCUUGACUUUAAUGUUCCAGGUUUUGUUUUUUAAAAAAAAAUGCAGUGGUUGAAUUGAUCAACCGAAAGGCCAAAACAAGGACUUUUCUUCCUCCUAUUCCUGGAUCCUCUCCUCCGUUUAUACGCGGAAUCGGGAAUUCGUCGGAGGAAUCCAAUUCCCGAUUUACGCCGCCUUAAGUUCUGUUUUUUUUAAAAACCCUCUUCAGUUCCCACUCCAUUUUUCCAUUUUCUUGAACUUACUCUGUUUUCAAAUCAUUAAAAUUGCAGAAUUCUUACUCGAAUUUCCAUUGAUUUUAGUACGAGACAACAAAUAAAUUGGUACAAUUCAUUAUUUUUUGACGAGGUAACAUAUGGGAACACCUGCAUUUCCAAAUCUUGGAAAACAUUGUUCUGGUGAUGAUUGUAAGCAAAUUGAUUUCCUCCCUUUCACUUGCGACCGCUGUAAUCAGGUAUUCUGCCUUGAGCAUCGAAGCUAUAAGCAGCACCAAUGUCCUCAUGCUGACCACCAAGGUGUCACUGUCUUCAUUUUCCCACUUUGUGCUAAAGGAGUUCGCUUGAUUCCCGAUGAAGACCCAAAUAUCUCUUGGGAGUCUCAUGUCAACACUGUAUGCGACCCAUCAAAUUAUGAGAAAGUAACUAAGAAGAGAAAAUGCCCUGUUGUUGGCUGCAAGGAAAUUCUUGUGUUCUCUAAUACAAUCAAAUGCAAAGACUGUACCACCGAUCACUGCUUGAAACAUCGAUUUGGGCCUGACCACAAGUGUGAUGGCCCCCCAAAAGCCAGCACUGGGAUUCCAUUCAUGGGCCUCUUGAAUAGCAGAAGUAAAAUGGAAGUGGCACGGCCCAAUAGAGCACCAGUCCAAUCAUCAUCGUCAGUGUGGUCCUGGUUUUUAAAUGCUGCUUCAUCAGCACGAGCCUCAGCUGAAGCAGGAAUAGCUAAAUUGAGUAGUGAAUUUAAUCAGGCACUUCAGGUGGGGCAAUGCAGUAAAAGUAGCACAAGCACUGGUGGACCUGGGGGACAGGAAGUGUGCCCACAGUGCAACUUGAGGUUUGCAUCAAUUACAGCCCUUGUAGAGCAUGUGAAAAAAGUUCAUGAAAGAAGUAAUAACCGCCAUAGUGUUAAGAAGUUGUCAAUCGAUGUAUGCCCUAAAUGCAGCAGAGGAUUUAAGGAUCCCGUGGCUCUAGUUAACCAUGUUGAGAAGGAUCAUGGAGGUACUUCAAGGGCUUAGAAAGGUGGUAUAUAGUUUUAUGACUCACGAUCCUAAAAGUUAAAAAGGUACGAGUACUGAUUGUCCCACUUCCUAUAUGUUUUUAAAUGUAGAGUAUUGGUUGAUGUAAGUCACUAUUACUGUUAAAAUAGGGUCAAAUAAAUGUUGUUGGCGAUAAUUUCUGGGUUGAUGUGUUUUGUUUAUUAAGGCUGACAUUGUUGUCUCUAUUAAGCUGCCACCUCUUGUGCCAUCUAAAAUGUCACUUCACAUGCCAUCUAGCUGGGUAGAUAACUUAGUGGGUAGAUGUAGGACUAUCUGAUUGGAUGAUAAAAUGACCUAUAAUUCUAUCAAAUGUAAGCCAUAUUAGAGAAAACAAGAUACAACGUUUCAUUGCCAUAGUGCCAUUAAGUGGCUCCUACUAAAGUGGGGUUGGGAGGUCGGAUGUAUGCAAUGUUACUCUUGUUUUUGAUAACAAAGAGGUUGUUUCCGCUUGACCCUUAAUAGUAAACAUAUCUGCAAUUUCACAUAAACUAAAAGUACAUAUGCUUUAAUGAGUCAUGUUAAUAUAGUUCAUUAUAAUUGAAUAUCAAGGAUUUGGUUGUGUUCAAGGAACAAGAUAAGUAUGUCACAAAGUGUUGUAUAGGACUAUUUUAUAAAAGUUAAUCAUUUUGAUAGUCUAAAUGAAAUUUCAAUAUGUUGUAUCCAUGUUUGUCCAGAAUUUAACAUUGGUAAUUGGGGUAAGAUGAAAAGACAGAGCUUCAAGAGUUUAAUUGUAUAUUGUGUGGGUUCAGGAUCAUCUUUGAUUGCUGAUUCUCUCAGUCCUUGUCAUGAUUCCUCUUGUGAAUCAGUUUACACUUUGUAUUUGUUUUAGUUUUUUCUGUUUUUCUAUAGUUAAUAGCCUGGACCCACAUGAUAUAUUUGAUUGGCUAAUGCUAAACAAUUGAGUUUUUACUAUUAGUUGGUUGAUAUGAGCAUAAUCAGAUUAAGUAUUGGGAAUAAAAUACUCCUAGUUGGAU